ACACCUGCGAACAAAAAGCAGAAUAUGGUUAAAUCCGAAAUGUCUAAACUAAAAGAGCCCGGAAAAUUUAUUUUAUUGUAACAUAAUGUAAAUGAUUUACUGAAACUGCACAUAAGUUCAGCACCUGCUUCCUCAUUCUGGACAAGACCAUGUAACUUAAAUAUGCAAGACAGUGAAUGUGUCGUCACGUGAAUAACUGCAUACACAUACAAAGAGUGUCACAAAUGAGCUGGUUCCUGUAAAAUGCUUUCCUUAACAAUAUGAAAAUGUUUCCACAUCCUAUAAUAUUUGCAUUAUGUCUUCCCUUAAUUCUUUAUAAUUAACUCAAGGUCAGUUCAAGUGCUGACCACGUCCUAUUUGUAAAUCUAAAUUCUGCUUAUGAGUGGUAAACUAUUGUUCUCCUCGGAACUCCCCAUGACCUCAAAUCGGCAGUAUAUAAGGUUUAUAUGAUGCAUUUGAGACUGAUUUAGCAGAAGUACUGCAUAUCUUUACUUAUAUUCUGAAGUCUGCAUCAGUAGUCAUCAUGACCAGCUCACCUGAAAUUUUGGAUUGGGGUGAGGGAUCAGAUGAAAAUGGUGUAGAGAACAGUGCGAUCUUUCUGAAACAAUGGGAAGCACAGGUUCGGCCUUACAUUGAGAUGAUUGACUUCAUGAGGACAAUUGGCAUUGAGAAGGAGUUUGCGCUGCCCUCCAUUGCAGUGGUGGGAGACCAGAGCUCGGGGAAAAGCUCUGUUUUAGAGGCAUUAUCAGGAGUGGCUUUACCACGUGGAAGUGGUAUCGUCACUCGCUGUCCAUUGGAGCUUAAACUCAGAAAGGUAAAUAUUGGAACAGAAUGGACAGCUGUCAUUUCCUACAAAGAAGUCCGAGAGACGUUUCAUGAUCCCAAACAAGUUGAAGGUUUUGUUAGAAGAGCCCAGAAUAUGCUUGCUGGAGAUGGGGUAGGAAUCUGUGAUGAUCUCAUCAGUUUAGAGAUUGCAUCACCUGACGUGUGUGACCUCACAUUAAUCGAUCUACCCGGGAUAACAAGAGUACCUGUGCAAGGUCAACCUGAAGACAUUGGAGACCAGAUUAGGCGCCUGAUAUUAAAAUUCAUCGAGAAGAAAGAAACCAUCAAUUUGGUUGUCGUUCCCUGCAAUGUUGACGUUGCAACCACAGAGGCUCUUCGAAUGGCACAGGGUGUGGAUACAAAUGGCUCAAGGACUUUAGCAAUAUUAACAAAACCGGACCUGAUAGAUAAAGGAGCGGAGGAGGAUGUUUUACAAGUUCUACAGGGUAAAGUCGUACCACUUAAAAAGGGCUACACCAUCGUCAGAUGUAGAGGUCAGAGCGACAUCAAUGAAAAUGUUUCUUUGGCCGAAGCAACAAAACAGGAGACAGAGUUUUUUGCAAACCACCCACACUUCAGUUAUCUUCUUGAUGAACAAAGGGCCACAACAAGCCACCUCGCAACCAGACUCACUAAAGAACUAGUUGAACAUAUCAAGGCUUCCCUUCCAUCUUUAAGUGAGCAAAUUCAUGUCAACUUGAGUUCUUUGAGGGUUGAGCUAAAGAGUUAUUCUGACGGUCCUCCUUUAGAACCAGAAAAAAUGGGACCGUAUCUUAGCAAGAAAAUCUUGGAGUUCAGUGACCAGAUAAGCGAGUUGUGUAGAACGGGAGAAUCGGACAGUGGAAAUCUUUACUCGCUCCUUCGUCCGGUGUUCAAGAAUUGGGAAUCCCUUCUGAGUGACUCCAAAGCAUUGUUCCGAGAGUCAGUAAUGGAGAUGAUAAAUAAUUAUGAUGAAGCCCAUCGUGGGAGAGAGCUAGUGACCUUCAGCGACUACUGCGUGUAUGAAUCUCUGGUGAAGAAACAUGUUGGAAAUCUUAAACAACCGGCUCUGGAUACACUGAAACUCAUUCGAGGUAUUGUACAGAAGGAGUUUAGGGUCAUGUGUGAGAUGUCCUUCCCAAACUACCCUCAUUUGAAACACAUAAUAUUGAACCAGAUUGAUGACAUUCAGUCAAAGCAGGAAACCAAAGUGGAGAAGAGGAUCUACGAAUACAUUAAGAUGGAGAAACUUGUGUACACACAGGAUCCUAUUUUUACCCAGAAAGUUGUGGAUUUUAAAUUUGUCGAAAGAAGACAAGAGUACGAAUCCAUCUCUUUAGAUACGGGCAAAGAUGCAACCUCCCCCCAAAACUGUGCUGUUUUUGACACCAGAAAACUGACACCCGAGAAACUUAUCAUCUACUAUGAGAUUGUGUAUCAGCGUCUAGCCGACUAUAUUCCUAUGGUGAUCCUGCUGUUUAUACUGAAAGAAGCUGCUGUGAUUUUGCGAGCUCAAGCCAUGGACCUGCGGGAUGGAGCUGAUGUUGUGAAGCUGCUGGUGGAGGAUUCAGAUGCUGGGAGACGGAGAACAGAUUUAUAUCAGCGUAUGGAGCGACUGCGUAUGGCACAAGAAAGGAUCAGUGUGUACCUCUGAGACAGAACUAUAACGUUUUAAAAGAGAGCUGUCAUUGGACUUGUAUGUCUUUGCUUUUAAUCACUGAAAGUAAAAAGCUUUUAAAAAAAAAUAUGGCCACGUUAAAAAUGUACUCAAGUGAAUAUUAAAGAGAAGAUGAAAAUAUGUACAUGUUACUUAAAUGUGUUCAUGUUUGAGCUCUUGUUUUUUAUGUAAAUUUUGUUUUACCAGCUGAAAUCACAUGCGACCAAAUUUCUCAAUGGUGCGUCUUAAAAAAUCUCAUGUUGCACCGGUGUAACCAGGCGUUCGAGCAAAAAAGCCGUGGUCCAGAUGUACGUGUGUGUACGUUUAAAAAUGCGUGUGUGCUCCAGUCAGACAGAGAGAGGUGAGUAGCCGUCAGAUAAACAGAGUGGAUGUAGCCGCGGAUGAUAAGAGAAGAGCAAAAGAACAAUAGGCUUUAUGCCCAGCUGCACUACUUGCUGAACUUCAGCCAGCUCCUUGUUUCCUGUCUGCCAUUAUUGGACAAACUGAUUAAUCCAGGUGUGCCUGACCUCAGUAGUCACAAACAAACUGAUUAAUCCAGGUGUGCCUGACCUCAGUAGUCACAACAACAAUAAUCAGACAUACCUGGAUUAGUUUGUCCAAUAAUGGCAGACAGGAAACAAGGAGCUGGCUGAAGUUCAGGAAGUAGUGCAGCUGGGCAUAAAGCCUACAGUGUAAAACCUAAAAGUUAACUCAAACCAUUUAAGUAAACCGGUUGCAUUAUUUUUAAAAUGUUCACACUACUUAAAUAUAAGUGCAUAAUUUCACAUGAGUCAAGUUCACAGUACUUACAUUUAUGUGUUUUAAAACUUAAAUGCCCUAAUGCAACCAGUUUACUUAAAUGGUUUGAGUUAAGUGAACUGUUAGGUUUUACAGUGUAUUGACAACUAUUCGUUAAGAAUGUUAAGUUAAGGCCUGAUCUGUCCGAAGAUCAUAAACCAAUGCUCUGACAUCAACCUCCAGUCACAUCAGCCCUGGUCCGAAGACGGCAUUAUGUAUUUAACCUGAAUUUCAAUUUUUGACAUGACCUUACUCAAUCAAUAUUAAAAAUGAAAAUGAUUUGCUUAUGUGAUUGUAUCUGAUAACACAAUAAACUGUGUUGGGCUUGUUGUAAAUGUAAAUCAUUACUCAAUACUUUUUUUAAAUGUAAUACUAUAACUUUAUUAUUUUUUUCAAGAGUAAUUAUUUACAAUUGUUAUAUUAUGUUACUUUUACUGAUGAUAAGACACAAUCUUUCAAAUAAUUUCUGUUACUUAGUUACUUAAUAAAGCAGCAAUAAAUACAUCUGCAACAGGAAUUUAAGUUUAAACAGCCAAACCCACAGAAAAUGCUGAAAAAUAUUAGCUAGCAGAACACCCUAAACUGUUUAGAUUCCAUAUGUUACACCUUUAUGUUUGGUUUAUGCUCUACUACCAUAAUAUAAAUAUCCUCCUUCUCCUUCUUGGUUGUCCAUCGUUGUCCAAUUGAUGUAAUUCUCACAACAGGACAAAACCUUGCGUUAACCAAAUGACUGGCACGUUGUGAUACUUUCACUGUCAAAAUUCACUGUCACUUUUCACCUUGCUUUCUAAAUUCCUAAACGUAAAUGUAACCUGUUGCUAGUAGUGUAAGUUUUGCAUUUAACAUGCAGAACACCUUUGACAGAGGUUUAAUGUAUUUGCAUUACUCAGUCUGAGGGUGGCGCUCUAAUGUUAAUUGGCAGGCUUUACAGUCAUCUACAGUAUAUGAAGCUAUGUUAUACACAUUAUAAUGUAUUAUGAUUGUUUAUGACUAUUGAUUUAGAAUGUUGUGAAUAAAUUCAGGAGAGGAAAACAAAACUACAUAAAUUAUCAGAACAUCUAACCAAGUAACCGAGUGUAUGGGGAACUGGCUUAUUUAACAAAAACACAAACAAAAUACAGGCUUUUCUAU